AUGACCAAUCCAGUUCAGGAUUUUCAUGAAGAAGAAGAAGAUGACCAGGGCGAGGUUUAUCUUGAUGAAGCUGACAUUAUUGGCGAAGUCGAUGUUGAUGAUGAAGAUCUUCCUGAUGCAGAUGAUGAAAUUAUUGAUGAGCCUGAUGACUCCAUGCACAUAUUCACUGGUCAUACUGGUGAGCUUUACACGGUUGCCUGCAGCCCAACAGAUCCUACAUUAGUUGCAACUGGGGGUGGAGAUGACAGAGGGUUUCUUUGGAAAAUUGGACAAGGAGAUUGGGCAUUUGAGCUCCAAGGUCAUAAGGAUUCUGUUUCUAGUUUAGCAUUUAGUACUGAUGGACAAUUGCUUGCAUCCGGAAGCUUGGAUGGAAUUAUUCAAAUUUGGGAUGUCACAUCACAAAAUCUGAAAUGCACUCUUGAAGGUCCUGGGGGGGGCAUUGAGUGGGUCAGGUGGCAUCCUAGGGGGCAUCUGGUCCUGGCUGGUACAGAGGACUCUAUGGUUUGGAUGUGGAAUGCUGACAAAGGUUCCUAUCUUAAUUCGUUUUUAGGCCAUGGUAGUAGCGUGACUUGUGGUGAUUUUACCCCCGAUGGUAAAACAAUAUGCACUGGUUCUGCUGAUGCAACUUUGAGAAUAUGGAAUCCAAAAAGUGGCGAAAACAUUCAUGUGGUACAAGGUCACCCGUACCAUACUGCAGGAUUGACAUGUUUGGCAAUAAGCUCUGAUUCAACUCUAGCUGUUACUGGUUGUGAAGAUGGUUCUAUCCAUGUUGUCAACAUAUUAACUGGAAAGGUUGUUAGUUCCCUGCCUUCACAUUCAGAUUCCGUCGAAUGUAUCGAGCUUGCACCAAGCUCUCCAUGGGCUGCAAUAGGAGGAAUGGAUAACAAGCUAAUCAUCUGGGAUUUGCAGCAUUCUUUGGCCCGCUCCACAUGUGAUCAUGAGGAUGGAGUGACAUGCUUGACAUGGCUUGGUGGAUCGAGGUACCUAGCAACGGGUUGCGGGGAUGGGAAGGUUCGACUGUGGGAUAGUCUCUCAGGUGAUUGUGUAAGAACCUUCAAUGGGCACAGUGAAUCUAUUCAGUCUCUCUCUGUUUCCGCCAACCAAGAGUUUCUUGUUUCAGUAUCUACUGAUGGAACUGCCCGAGUUUUUGAGAUUGCAGAAUAUAAGUAA